AGUGUGGCUUUGUAAAGAGAGGAGCCCUCGAGGCAACUGGAGUUUCGUGUUGUGCGUAUCCGGAACCAUAGAAGGGGGAAGACUUUAGCGGUGAGACAUCCGUGUAAAGAUGGCAGACGUACCUGAUAAUGCUCCUGAACAUUGCCCAGGCACAGCGAGUGACCAAGCAGGGAAGUCAGAGUCAUGUCAGGGCUGCCCCAACCAGACGCUGUGUGCUUCUGGAGCCACCAAGGCCCCUGAUCCUGCCAUAGAAGAGAUAGCAGUGAAGCUGUCGGCAGUCAAACACAAGAUCCUGAUUUUGUCCGGAAAAGGAGGAGUGGGGAAGAGCACUUUCAGUGCUCACCUGGCUCACGCUCUGGCAAGUGACGGCACAAAGGAGGUUGCACUGUUGGAUGUAGAUAUCUGUGGUCCAUCCAUCCCUAGGAUCAUGGGCUUGGAGGGAGAACAAGUUCACCAGAGUGGCUCAGGCUGGUCACCUGUGUAUGUGGAGGACAACCUGGCGGUGAUGUCUAUUGGCUUCCUGCUCGGUAGCCCAGAUGAUGCUGUGAUCUGGAGAGGACCCAAGAAGAAUGGGAUGAUCAAGCAGUUUUUGAGGGACGUUGACUGGGGGGAGCUGGAUUAUCUCAUUUUGGACACGCCCCCUGGCACCUCUGACGAGCACCUAUCAAUUGUCCAGUACCUCAGCUCCACCCAUGUUGAUGGAGCUGUCAUUAUCACCACACCUCAGGAGGUGUCGUUGCAGGAUGUGCGAAAGGAGAUCAGAUUUUGUCAGAAAGUCAAGCUGCCAAUCAUUGGAGUUGUGGAGAACAUGAGCGGCUUCGUCUGCCCUAAAUGCAAGAACACAUCACAAAUCUUCCCUCCCACCAGCGGCGGUGCUGAGCAAAUGUGUGCGGAUCUAAAUCUACCUCUCUUAGGAAAGGUACCUCUAGACCCGAGGAUAGCACGGAGCUGUGAUGAGGGCAAAUCUUUCCUCAGUGAAGUGCCCGACUCUCCUGCUGCUGAAGUCUACCUGAGAAUUGUGCAGAGUAUCCAGGACUACUGUUCCAACCGUGCGACAGAGGAGCAGUGCGCCAUCUGAAGACACACGGUGACAGACAUGACAUACAGAGGAAAGUCCUGAACAUCAGUGCUGCUAUAUUUAUCAAAGCUUGUCACAGAUUUAUCAACAACGCCAUUGUAAGUCAUGACAAGCUAUGAUUUGAAUUUCGUGAGCUUUCCCAAAUAAGCACUUGGGCCCAACUUUGAAAAUAGACUCUUGAAUGAAGUCGUACCUACUCAUGCAUAACUCUAGAACAAGGCUACAGAUCCGUUCAAUGUGAAAAUAAAUAAUUUCAACAGCUGGACACUAGUUUUUUACUAAAUGUUACUCUUAACAAGUAAGCAGUACAUUUGUUGAGGACUCUUUCCAGCUGCUGAUUAAUAAAUAUUUGCCGCGAUUAUUUACAGCAGCGGAAUAGUGUUUAUAGGUUUGACUUAAAAUAACCUACAGUGCACAGGCUAUUAGAGGUAUGUGCCACCUGGUGUAACGCUGUGGGUUAAUAUAUGUGUGUGUAAUAGUUUUGGGACAAUAGAGCUCUAUGGCACAGAGGUAUCAGAUAUAUUAAUUUGGGCUAAAAAAAUAAUUCUUGUUAUUGGGAUCAAUUCAAUUUUUGAUGUUCAUCAUUUCAUGUGAUGAGUUCAAUUACGGCACCAAAAACUGGGAUUUUAUCACAUGUAGUUUGCCAGUUGACCAUUCCGUCACCAAGUACAGUAUCAUCAGGAUGACAUUUCUACUACUCAGAGACUACUACUCCUUCCUCAGUGGUUAUCAUUCCCCCUUUCAAAUCAGCAGGGAAAUAGUCAGAAAUAUUAAACUUCCAUCCAAAUUUAAGUUUGCAUCUCAUUUAGUUGCAAUAUGAGAUAAUCCGUUUUUCCUCAUUUAUAUUAAAUAGACCAACAACAACGCAAUGUGCGAUGAAGGUGGAUUCCCUGUAUUAAAAUCCUUUUGAUUACUGAUUUGUCAAAAAAUGUGUUUUGCACAUAUGUAUGUCCGUAUAUUUGUUUACUGAUAUAUAAAAUAAAUGACCAACGAUGAAA